UUUGACCAGUAAGGGCUGUGCCAAGUUCUGGGUGGGGUGCUGCUCCUGCAUUUAUUACCCGGAGUCCUGGUUCCUGGACCAGACCGGUGUGUCGUUUUUGGCCCACGCUAGAGAAUGUUAAGGGCUUCUGCGGCGGGUUGGUGCUAGAGGCGCAGCGAACAGGUGCUGUGGGGGCGGCGCGGGAGGCGGUGCCCUCGCUUCCGGAUCCGGUCUCAGCUCUGGGAGGGAGAGGGAGAUGCUGCAGGCGCCGAGAGGGCGGGCCAGGGCCGCACUCCGGAGAUUCGCGGUUGCUGCGCGCACCAUGGCUGGAGCGCCCACGGUCUCUCUCCCUGAACUCCGUUCACUCCUAGCCUCCGGCCGGGCCCGGCUCUUCGACGUGCGCACUCGCGAGGAGGCGGCAGCUGGGACCAUCCCAGGGGCGCUCAACAUCCCGGUGUCCGAGUUGGAGAGUGCUCUGCAGAUGGAGCCAGCUGCCUUCCAGGCUUUAUACUCUGCUGAGAAGCCAAAGCUGGAAGAUGAGCAUCUUGUUUUCUUCUGUCAGAUGGGCAAGCGGGGCCUCCAGGCCACGCAGCUGGCCCGGAGUCUUGGAUACAGUGGGGCUCGCAACUACGCUGGGGCCUAUAGAGAAUGGUUGGAGAAAGAGGGUUAGGCAGGAGGCAGCUUACUGAUUGCCACCCCCUGGCCCCUUAAUGGCCACCUUAACUAAGGGUGUGAACGGGCUGACUUGGUGAGUUGGGCAAGUCCUUAUAGUGUUGUGCACACAAAAGCAUCAAAUAAAGAACAUUUAAUCAAA